CCGGUCUCCGGAAGCUGCUGCCACCUUCCCCCACUGACGUGUCGGGGCCGCGAGACGCGUCGCGCAAAGUCGCGGUGGAACUUCGCUGCGGUGUACAGAUCUGGCGCUUGCCGCUGCCGGGCACUGCCGAGCUGGGAGAUGUCGGCUGCGGGCCGGACGGAGCCCUUGGGUCCUCCCAGCAGCUUUGCGAAGCGGCUCCUGGUGACCGGGGGUGCUGGUUUCAUGCGCCUCCCCACCGAAGCUGAAGCGCGGUGGUGCUCUCUGCCUUCUUACCUGGCCCGGGAUGCACCUGACCCUCUUCCGAGUGCCCCCACAGGGCGGUAAACUCCUCACCAACGGCCCCAGCCUCCAGCCCGCCCCCUCCGUACGCAGACAGGCCUUGUGCAUGUAAGAGCCAAGAAACGAUUUUUGGAUUUUAGCUGGACAUUCAUUUAUUCAGCGGGCUAUAAAACAACGAUGGCAACACCUCCACACCCUCUCUUGGUGCUUUGAGCUGGACGAGUUGAGCGAUGCCUCCUGCCCUCCCACACCCACGUGCAAUCAGUGAGUCCGCGUUCACUGCUUCCCACGCGACCACUUCUCGGCGCAUCCCCUUCCCACGCGACCACUUCUCGCCCCUUCCCCCUCCCAUCCUAGUCCACGUUACUGGCUUCUGCCUGGAUUGCGACUGUAGCUUUCUGAUUGGUCCUACUGCUUCCCCCCUUGUUGGCUAAAAGUCUGUUCUGCACACAGAAGUCAGUUUUUAUUAAGUAGAUAAGUGCACAAAAUUUUACCCCAGUUUUACCCACGAAGUUUUACCCCAGCCUGUCAAAUUUAGAAUAAAAUCCAAACUCUUUUGCAUAUCUAGAAGACUCAAGUGCCCCGGGGCCUGAUCUUCCAACCUGAUCUGCCAUUCUGCCUCUUUGUUUUUCUGUACCUGCUGCACUUAACCUUUUUGGAAUUUCUGGAACGCUUGAGGCUCAUUCCUCCUGUCUUGAGGCCUUUGCACUUGCUUCCUCUUCUGUUAGAGGGCUUGCAUCACUCAUUUCCAAUGGUUGCGUAGACAUCAAUCACCUCCUGGGACAGGCAUUACCUAGCCAUCCUAUCUAAAAGCGCCCCAUUCCCAACUAACACACUAAUCACUAUCUGAAGUCCUGAAGUUAUUUUGUGUAUUAAUGUUUACUGGCUUCUUGCCUGCAUCCCUGCUCUAGAAUGUAAACUGGAUGAGGGCAGAGACUACUGUUCCCUCAGCAUCUGUAAGAAUGCCUGGCUUGUUCUACAAAGGUCAUCGGUAGUUAUUGAAUGGAUGAAUGCACAGCGCAUCACAUAUGAUCGUUUCUUUAGUAGAAGACUAUCCAAACUAUAUGAUCAUAAAUCUAGACAAGCUGGAUUACUGUGCAAGCUUGAAGAAUCUUGAAACCAUUUCUAACAAACAAAACUACAAAUUUAUACAGGGUGACAUAUGUAAUUCUCACUUUGUGAAAUUGCUUUUUGAAACAGAAAAAAUAGAUAUAGUACUACAUUUUGCUGCACAAACACAUGUAGAUCUUUCAUUUGUACGUGCCUUUGAGUUUACGUAUGUUAAUGUCUAUGGCACUCAUGUUUUGGUGAGUGCUGCCCACGAAGCCAGAGUGGAGAAGUUCAUUUACGUGAGCACAGAUGAAGUAUAUGGAGGCAGUCUCGAUAAGGAAUUUGAUGAAUCUUCACCCAAACAACCUACAAAUCCUUAUGCAUCAUCUAAAGCAGCUGCUGAGUGUUUUGUACAGUCGUACUGGGAACGAUAUAAGUUUCCAGCUGUCAUCACGCGAAGCAGUAAUGUUUACGGACCACAUCAGUAUCCAGAAAAGGUUAUUCCAAAAUUUAUAUCUUUACUACAACACAACAGGAAAUGCUGCAUUCAUGGAUCAGGGCUUCAAACAAGAAAUUUCCUUUAUGCAACUGAUGUAGUAGAAGCAUUUCUCACUGUCCUCAAGAAAGGGAAACCAGGUGAAAUUUAUAACAUCGGAACCAAUUUUGAAAUGUCAGUGCUCCAGCUUGCCAAAGAACUAAUACAACUGAUCAAAGAGACCAGUUCAGAGUCCGAAAUGGAAAGCUGGGUGGAUUAUGUGAAUGAUAGACCUACCAACGACAUGAGAUAUCCAAUGAAGUCAGAAAAAAUACAUGGCUUAGGAUGGAGACCCAAAGUGCCUUGGAAAGAAGGAAUAAAGAAAACAAUUGACUGGUACAGAGAGAAUUUUCACAACUGGAAGAAUGCAGAAAAGGCAUUAGAACCCUUUCCAGUAUAAACACCAUUUGUAUAGAAAGGACAGUUUUCAGAGAAAGAAGAAAAUUAUUCUACCUCGACAAAUGAUAUGAAAUCAAGUGACUGAUGAAGUGUCUUCUUCAUAUGGAAUUGAUUCGUGACUGUUUGUAUAAAAUUCAAAUGCAAAAUGCCUCAAUCUUCAGGAUAGUUUUAGUAUUGCCAUAGGAUUUAAGUAUCAAGGUUCUUUCAGAAACCUUUUCUCCUGAAAGUUUGGAACCAGGAGGCCUAGGAAGGCUUCUCUAAAGAAGGGAGGCCAGGAAGGAGGGAUCUCACGGUUCUGAGAACCAGGAUGGGGAACAGCUCUGUGCGGGUGACAGCCUUGGCUGGACUGAACUCAGCUUCCCAGCCUUUCCCAUUGCCCAGAAAGUCUCAAGUUUUCAUUCUUAGGCAAUAUAGGAUGGGGCAUAUGCCCUCAUUCAUCUUUUUUUAAAUAUCUGAUGUGCUAUAAUUGUUUUAAAAUGGGAACAAUGGAAGCAUAUUUAGCACUUUUUAUCUUUUAGUAAUUUUGUAAAAUUAAGUUAAAUGUUUUUUAAAAGAAGAAUGUAGUUUUUAUAUUUUCAAAGUCAGUUGUUGUACUAUAUAUAAGUAACUGCAUAUGAGAGUAAUGUUAUCAUGUAUUUACCAUUUAAAAUGAUUUUAUUUAUAAAAUAUCAAUAUUUUAAUGUAUUCAAUGUAGAAUGUGGCUUUAUUUUUAGUAAGGUAUGUUUUUAUUUUGCUGUAGAAAAAAUUUUAUAUUACUUGAUUAAAUAUUUUUAAUUCC